AUGGGGUGGGAGGAAAGGGGAUCCAUGAAGACUAGGCGGCGGAGCAGCCAAGGAGAGGAUGAUGAGGCGAGCACAUCCGUUGGCGUCCCGCUGGAUCCGACAGCUUGGCCUUGGGCAUUGGCCAUGCCACGACGCACCCACGAGGCCUCGACGGGGGUUUGGGCCGAUGGCAGGGGCUACGAUCAGCGCAUGGCCAAGGGCGGACGAGAUAUAAUACGUCACAAUUGGCGGGCGACUUUGGCAAUGCAGUCUCGGUUGAGGGCAGGGCAGAUGCACGCCAAUUCGGUCACACAAGACAGCCCCAGGUCUUGUCCGCUGGAGGAGGCUCAUGCGUGA